GACGGCGUCUGGGUUUGUGUUGAACGGCCGUAUGUAGCAAAGCAACUCCGGUUUGAUCUUUGCUUUUCGCAGCUCAAUACUUAGGGAAAAAUACGACGAAUGGUGCUAGCGCAGGUGAUGUUGAUUAUAACGCUUGGGUAAUAUUCUUGGACGCUUUACAGUGAAUUCUGCUGAGAACAAUGGCGCUUGCAAUUUGCAAUUUCUUCCUGCUUUUAACAUUGGGCCUGGUUUCGGGGCAAAUUGACUAUUCGAUUACCGAGGAGCAGGCGCCUGGAACAACUGUGGGAAAUAUAGCCGAGGAUUUGAAACUGAACGUUUGGGAAUUAUCGGCACGAAUGUUUCGGCUUGUCUGUGAAGGAAGCAAGAAAUAUAUGGAGGUAAAUCAGAAGAAUGGCAUUUUAUUUGUGAAUGAAAGAAUUGAUAGGGAAGAAAUAUGUAAGCAAAGCUUUGUCUGUAUCCUGAAUUACCAGAUAAUCCUCGACGGUCCUUUUGAAAUGCAUCAGAUUGCAGUGGAGAUCCUAGAUAUAAAUGACAAUUCACCCGUAUUUCCGAAAGCAGCAUUUUCCUUGCAGAUGAAUGAAUUGGUUGCGACAGGAGCGCGCUUUCCCCUCGAGAGCGCGUACGACCCUGACGUGGGCACAAACACAAUCAGCAUCUACCGUGUUAGUUCAAAUGAACACUUCGGUCUCAAGAUGCAGACGAGAACAGAUGGGAGCAAAGAUGCCUUGCUGGUAUUAGAGAAAAGCUUAGAUCGUGAGCAACAGUCGACCUAUCAUUUGAUACUGACCGCAAUUGAUGGUGGCAUCCCUCAAAGAUCAGGCACAACUCAAAUAAACAUUGCUGUGGCAGACGUCAAUGAUAAUGCGCCCAUUUUUGACCGUGAAGUUUAUCGUGUGCACGUAGUUGAAAACGUCGCAGUAGGCACAUUAUUAACCAGAAUUAACGCUGUUGAUUUGGAUGAAGGGGUGAACGCAGAGCUAACAUAUUCUUUCACAAGUUAUGUGCCCCAAAAUAUACGCGAGUUGUUUAAAUUAGACCAGAUAACUGGGGAGAUUAGAGUUCAGGGUGCAUUCGAUUAUGAAGAAACAAAUAUGUACGAACUUGAUGUACAAGUUGUAGACAAUGGUUCAGCGGGCAUGACUGGAAAUGCCAAAGUUAUAGUCGAAUUACUAGAUACGAAUGAUAACGUUCCCACAAUUGAGGUGACUGUGAUGACUGGCGUAGUGCAUGAAGAUGCCCCUGUCGGUACAGUGACAUCAAUGAUUAGCGUAACAGAUUUAGAUUCUGGCGAAUAUGGGGAGGUUCAAUGUCAGGUUCCAGAGCAUCUUCCAUUUAAAUUGGUUAAGACUUCGAGGACAAACUACAAAUUAGUCACGAAUGGUGUUUUGAAUCGCGAAAUUGUCCCGAUAUACAACAUCACUAUUUCAGCCUGGGAUGGCGGCUCUCCUCCACUUUCCACAAAUAAAACAGUUUUUGUUUCCAUAUCUGAUAUAAAUGAUAACAUCCCAAGUUUUACCCAAUCUGCCUAUAGUGCGUACGUAGCGGAGAACAAUACACCGGGCGCUUCCAUAUUUACUGUAACGGCUUCAGAUCCAGACUUAAAUCAGAACGGGGAAGUCUCCUACUCUAUUCUUGAGAAUCACAUGCAAGGGGUUUCCGCAUCUCCGUAUGUUACUAUUAACUCAAGAAAUGGCAUUAUUUACGCAUUGCACUCCUUUGACUAUGAAGAACGGAAGCAUUUCCAGAUCAAACUUCAAGCCCAGGAUGGUGGAACUCCUCCACUAAGUUCCGCAGUUAUCGUGAAUAUUAUUAUCUUGGACCAAAAUGAUAACGCUCCCGUUAUCAUUUCACCUUUAACAUGGAAAAGCACUGCAUCUGUGGAGAUAGACCCACAGUUAACAUUUCCAGAAUAUGUGAUCACAAAAGUAAUCGCGACAGACGCAGAUUCCGGUCAGAACUCUCGUCUGCGUUAUCAAAUUUUGGAAGCCAGUGACCCCAGUCUGUUUACGUUGGAUCUUCUCACUGGAGAAAUAAGAGCAACGCGAAGUUUAAGAAAGGAAGACGUAAGUUCGGAUAGACUGCUCAUCUGCGUAAAAGACAAUGGUGAGCCGAUCCUCUCCAGUACGGUCACAGUUACAUUUUCAAUUUUAUCCAAUGUCACUGAAAAAACUUUCAAACGAACAGAUAACGACAGGAGUUCCACCCAAUUUUCACCAGUGAAUCACUACUUAAUCAUCGCUUUAGGAUCAACUUCCUUUGUGUUUCUUGUCAUCAUAAUUUUCCUGGUGGUGUUGAAGCUUAGACAUGGUUCAGAAAGACCUGCUGCCUCAAGUGUGCCUACAAAUAAUUAUUUCAAUUAUUCGGAUGUUGGUCAAAACGAUGGCUAUAAUUAUACUGUCUGCUUAUCUCCAGAGUCAUCGAAGAGUGAUUUUUUGUUUCUUAAGCCUUGUCAUGAUACAUUACCUUUCAAUGAUUCGGACGUUCCGAAUACCGGCGCAGUGAAGUAAUUCGUAUGGCAUUCAAAGGAGUGUCAUGCCGACAACUGAAGUUGCGAAUAUUUACGAUUUUUUUAAAUACACAUUUUGAACUAGGUUAGGUUCUCAUCUUGAAUGGACAAACAUUGUAUUUCGGUGCAAUAAUAUGUGACUGCUAAAAAAAAACAUGCAAGUUGUAUUAACCUAUUUUCUUCUGUUUUUCAUUUAUGGCUUGCUGGUCUGCACAGCAUGAGUAUGUCUUUCGUUCACCACCACCACUGAUAUAUUGAAAUUAAUCGAAUUUAUAUUACAUUUGCAAGCAACCACGAACUAUAAUAUUAGGCCUUGACCAGUAUGUAUGUGUGUCAUGUACUGUAAGAUAUUGUACGAUCAACAAGGAUUCUUCCGCAAGGAAUUAAAAUAGUUUCAAUAAUAUAUACCAUGCAAAUUAAUGUAUUUAAAAUAAAUAUCUUUGGUUGGAAUAGUUUAUAUAGUGUAUACUGUCCCAGGUUAUUCCAAGGUUACCCGCGUAGAAAUUACACUGAUUAUGUGGAAGAUAUAUUAUACCUGAAUCUUCGUCUGUACUUGAAAAAAAGUAUAUUAGGCACGUAAUUUGUUUUCCAUUAAAUAAGAAAAAUUGA